UCAAGUAUAUAUUAUCACGUAGUCCACCGGCGAAAUGCCGCAUCGUCGAUUCGCUGCAGUUGUAGUAGCGCUUUUGUUGUGCCUAUUGGCGCAUCAGUUGCUGGUCGAUGUAGUUGCCGAUCACAGCGAUGGUUUCGAGGGUACUCUCGGCCACUUGGGCCCCAGGACUUCGGCCCAAGUGCAAACGAUCGCGGCUCGAGAUUUGGCGGUCAGAGUUUUGGGAGAGAAGAACGCGGACUUGUUCCAACUGCUCGUCGACCAGGGAAUCAAGCCAGCGGGAAAAGACGCUUUCAGGUUGAAAAAGAUCGGUGACAACAAAGUAUUGGUAACCGGUAGCUCCGGUGUCGCGGCUGCCUGGGGCUUGCACUACUAUUUGACGAGGUACUGCGAUUGCCACGUUUCCUGGGAAGGCGCCCAACUGAGGCUGCCAAAAAGUUUGCCGGACGUCGACGAAAUGGUCGCGUCGAACGAUCGAUUUCGAUACUAUCAGAACGUGUGCACGGCCGGGUACAGUUCGACCUGGUGGCAGUGGCCGCAGUGGGAAAAAAACAUCGACUGGAUGGCCCUGAACGGCAUCAACUUGGCACUGGCUUUCCACGCGCAGGAGGCCGUGUGGCAGAGGGUCUACCUCAAGAUGAAUCUCAGUAGGGCCGAGAUCGAUCAACACUUUGGCGGACCCGCGUUCCUGCCAUGGGCUAGAAUGGGCAACAUACGCGGUUGGGGUGGUCCCCUUACGUCUUCUUGGCACGAAUUCACGGUGAAGCUGCAGCACUCGAUUUUAAAACGCAUGAGAGAGCUCGGCAUGAUUCCCGUGCUUCCUGCCUUCGCUGGACACGUACCCAGGGAUUUCAUACGCGUCUUUCCGAACGCCAGCGUCAAGCUGGUCCAACCGUGGAAUAACUUCGAGGACGCUUACUGCUGCCCGUAUGCCUUGGAGCCGACCGAUCCGCUUUUUCAGGUUGUAGGAGAGGAGUUUUUGAAAACGUACAUCGGCGAAUUCGGGACGGACAACAUGUACAAUUGUGAUUCCUUCAAUGAAAACAAUCCUCACAGCGGCGACUCUGAUUAUUUGCGAAACACUGGAAAGGCAAUUUUCUCGGCUAUGAGCAGGGCCGAUCCCGAUGCUAUUUGGUUGAUGCAGGGCUGGCUGUUUGUGCACAGCGAUCACUUUUGGUCCAACGAACGAGUCAAAGCUUUCGUCACGUCCGUUCCGAUCGGAAAAAUGAUAGUUCUCGAUCUGCAGUCGGAGCAGUUUCCUCGGUACAAAAAGUUCGAGUCUUACUACGGCCAACCGUUCAUCUGGUGCAUGCUUCACAACUUUGGUGGUACUCUUGGAAUGUUCGGGUCUUCAGGGAUCAUAAACGAGAGAGUAUUCGAAGCUAGACUCAUGAACGGCAGCACCAUGAUCGGUACGGGACUCACUCCAGAGGGAAUCAAUCAAAAUUACGUAAUUUACGAAUUAAUGAACGAAAUGGCCUUAGCCAAACGGCCCGUCAAGCUCGAUGAUUGGUUUGCCAACUAUGCGAUCCGAAGAUACGGAGUUGCCGAUGAUUCAACGAGAAUCGCUUGGCAAGAGCUGGGCAGUACUGUCUACAAUUACAAUGACACUCGCAACAUAAGAGGACAUUACGUCAUAACGAGGCGACCGAGUCUCAAAAUAGAGCCAUGGUAUUGGUACGAUUUGAAAGAUUUCUUGAGGAUUUGGCGCAACUUUGUAACGGUGAGCAACGAAACGGCCUCGAGCGAGUUGUUCAAACACGAUAUCGUUGAUUUAUCGAGACAAGCCCUGCAAAUAACGGCCGAUUUCAUCUACGAGGACAUCAGACAGGCAUAUAAAUUGCAAAACGUCACAUUAUUGCAAUCUGCUUCGAAACAACUGCUGUCCCUUUACGAGGAUCUCGAGGAGAUCCUCGCCUCAUCCCCGGACUUCCUUCUGGGCAGAUGGUUGGAAUCCGCCAAGUCCGUAGCUUCGAGUGAUGUUGAGAGAGCCAACUUUGAAUUCAAUGCGCGCAAUCAGAUAACCCUCUGGGGUCCGAAAGGCGAAAUAGUCGAUUACGCGAACAAACAGUGGUCCGGAGUGGUGAAGGACUACUUUGGGCCCAGGUGGGCUCGUUAUCUGGUAGAACUUUGUCGUUCGCUGAUGAACCACGAAGCUUUGGACUCGACUCGCGUGAGACAAAUUAUUUUCAACGAGAUAGAGCUGCCCUUCAGUUACGCGAAUAAAUCGUAUCCUACUGAGCCCACAGGUGACAGUAUUAAGAUUGCAAUGAGGAUAUAUAACAAAUGGAGCUCGUUGUGGAAGUGAAAACUCAACAAUCGUCAUCGCAGACAACGUUCCAAGCGUUUAAUAAAACUGUAUUGUGCAAUAAUAAUAACACAUAUCGAACG